GGUAUCUGGUUUUUGGUACUGUUCAUGGCAGUACGUUGCCAAAUGUAGCAGAAGUUUAUAAACAAUUUUCUCACUUGUCUUUUCAAUAAUUUAAUUUGGAUUUAUUUUAGUUUGCUAAUAUUAUUCUUUUCCCAAUUCUGAAACAUGUUUACUUGAUUAUCCUAAGAUACAUUUUAAAGCGUAUUCGUAAAAUAGAUUAGACAUGUCGGACUAUGAUUUCGGAAAAUGGCUAUUAGAAAAGUUACCUUAAAUAGUGUAGUUCAUGUAUGAGAUUAGUACUGCAUAUUCAAUAUCGGUCCCGCCCUGCGAGGCAAGUUAAUAUAUUUAUUUGAUUUCAGUCGUUGACGUUAGUUACUAUCUACGCAUUUUUAAUUGGGCGAUGGCGGUGAACGUGUACUCCACCAACGUCACUUCGGAGAACCUGAGCCGACAUGACAUGCUGGCGUGGGUCAACGACUGUCUGCACUCGAACUUCACCAAGAUCGAGGAGCUGUGCACGGGGGCGGCCUAUUGCCAGUUCAUGGACAUGCUGUUCCCAGGAAGCGUUGUUCUCAAGAAAGUAAAAUUUAAGACAAAUUUGGAGCAUGAAUACAUCCAGAACUUCAAGAUUCUGCAAGCUUCAUUCAAGAAAAUGGGUGUUGACAAGAUUGUUCCCAUUGAUAAGCUUAUCAAAGGAAGAUUCCAAGACAAUUUUGAAUUCCUCCAGUGGUUCAAAAAGUUUUUUGACGCCAACUACCAGGGCCAUGAGUACGAUGCCCUGGCUAUCAGAGGGGGGGAACAGAUGGGGUCGGCAGUGUCCAAUGUCCCAAGAGGUAUUGGGAUUAGCACCGUGGCUAAAAAGGUGCCGGCUAGCAAACCUGAAGUAGCUAUGGCUCCGCGAGCGGCCGCUAGAUCUGUUCCUAAAGCUCAGCCCGUGAACGUGAACAACAGGUCGUUGCCGGGAAACCGACCCUCGCUCACCGGUCUUAAGGCUGGCGACCCUGGGAACAGAUUGGAUGAACUCAAUGCCCAGGUUACGGAGCAAAAGCUGACAAUAGAUGGUUUGGAGAAGGAAAGAGACUUCUAUUUUGGGAAAUUGAGAGAUAUAGAAGUCUUGUGUCAGGAACACGAUCAAGACCAGAAUCCCAUCAUCCAUAAGAUCUUGGACAUACUGUAUGCCACUGAGGAUGGUUUUGCACCGCCGGAGGAAGCAGAUGGAGACGGCCAGCUACCAGCCAACGAUGAAGAGUACUGAUUCCCUCGAUGCGUGGCUCAAUUUGUGCAAGUUAAAAAGACAUUCGUGCAGCAGCGACUAAACUCCAAUAACAAGCGUGGUGGAUGGACACUAAGCAUGAUUACUAAGGAUUACAUUGAUUAUUCGUGUUGGUAAAGCAUUGUCGGGUGGAUCCGGCGAGUAAAAUCUUUGGUGGUACCUAAUGUCCAUUUUAACCAAGACUGGUUCACCUUUUGGUAAGGUUAUUGUUCUUAGGAUAAUUUAAUUUACUUCAUUUAUCAUAAGUUAUUUCACAUAGUAUAUGGAUUACUGUUGGAGGAUAACUUGUUUCAAUAUUUUAAUGUGUAAUGUUAGAAUUAAAAAUGAUGUGCUGUUUUGGGUUCUCACAUUAUGUUGUUGCAAUGAUGUUCUUGUUAAGAUAUUUUUUCACGUUGUACAUUUUUGCCUCUUUCAACUUGUUAAAUUUAGUGUUCAUCGAAGAUGUUGAAAUCUUUAUUUCAACACAUACUCUGUUUGGUAAUCUUGCCAAUAUCAUGUUUUUUUUUUUUUUAAAGAGUUUGUUUUAGAAUAGGCUGGUGCUGAGUAUCUCAAUCUUGUUUCUGAAACCUUUAUGUGUGUGAGUUUGAACAUUAUUGCGUGCAAGAUGUUUUUGAAAGAUUAUUGCAAAUGAGAAAUGCUUCUAUUUUUAUCAAAUUUUUCCUUUGGCACUCAUGGUUGAAGGUUUAACUAGCACAUACAUAUAUUUGCAGUAAAAUUUGUAGGAGACUCAAUGAACAGAAUAUUUGUGUGCUUGAUUUGUGCCAGUUGUUUGCUGUAUGUUAGAUUUGCUCAGAACAUAUCUUUGCAAAAAAGAAUGUGAUUUUUUAAUCAGUGGUGGUUCAGAGAGGUAGUUAUAGUUAAUGGUUUGAAUAAUGGCAGAAAUCUGGUGGUGUGUUUUUGCUGUUGCAUUUAUCAAAUUUUAAUUAUUUUUUUUCUGGUCCAAGUUCACAGAGUUUGGUGUUUGUGACUGCUGAAAUAUUUUAAUUUGAGAUUGGGCAUUGCAAGUACACUAGUAAACUGUUAGUGAAAGCUCACAUCAAACAAGCACUAAGCAUGUUUUCUCUAUAUAAUUUUAACUGUUUGGCUUUGUUGAGCUUGGCAUAAUGUGCAUAAAUACCAUGAAGACUAAUAAGAACAUAAUAAAAAUGUGCUGUGUAACAUACUGGCUAACUGCACUGUACUGUAAUUCAUUGUUGCUACAAUAAAGUCUUUAAUUUCUUUUGCAA